CACAGUGCCAUCUGCCCCAUCAGCGCCCAUCUCUUGGAGGUCUUGGGGCUCUCGUCGUCGCCUCUUAAAUAUUCUCCCACAGACUUCGCCUCUACUACGGGUGCCUUUUCGUUUCCAACCCAUCUGACAGCUGGCACCGGGCGACCGCCGCCAGCACCGAACUUGAGCCUAGAACCCACCGCCAAACUCACCAGCGACCGGCCAAUUUAGCCUAUUCGACCCGCGACUCGCGAUUCUCUCUGGGCGAGCUGUUCGGAACGGACUCCUGCGCCCACCAGCAUCCUCAUCCUCGUCCACAUCCGGUCAUUGUCCUCCUUCUUCCUAUCCCUCCGGCAAUCAUCUCACAGGCUUAGAAAUUGCUGGACGAACGUGGUUCCUGCAUCUAACAAGCAAAGAACGUUCACAUCUCGGCGGUGACCAGCCAAACGACCAUUCAAUCAUUGUCAUCAUCAUCGCUACAGAGUCUAGACCCUCUUCUGCCAUCUGGACAGAUGCUCCUGCGAUCUACGCGGUACAAAUACAGCAGUUAAAGGUUGCCCUUUUCCAGUUCAAAAGAAAAACAAAGAUACCCCGGUUCGCCAUUUCCCCCCAUUUUGGAGAGACGCCACGGGCGAAUCCACAAUUCGACCGCUUACCCGCUUCUCACUUUCCCACAUUUUCUCAUCCGGUCGGACCUCGCCAUCAAACUACCUACUUCACACUGUCUUACCAACGUCGCCCUUCUUCAGCCUCGUCCUUCGUUGCUGCAGACAAUGAGUUCAUCCCAUCUAGUCUGAUAUUCGCCUAUACUCGUUUGGACACACUGGCUCCUCAUCUAUCUGGUGGUCCACACUACUUGGCAACCUCGGCUUCUGUUGUUUCCGCCACUCUGACAAUGUGGCGCGUUUGAAGGUGUCAUCUCAAAUCGAGGACAUGCCGUCGCCCAUUAUCUGGUUCUUCACCACUUGCUCUGCAUUAUGACGAGUUCAUCAAAACAACUUGGCCAGCCUCGGGGGGAUCAGCGAAGCAACCUGCUCUCGAGCUCAGGCUUUCUCAUGUCUGAUGCACGUAACCCCCGCAUCGACAGUCUCCCUCAACCUCAGUCCAACACAUCCGCCUUCGACGCGUCAUCUCCUGGUUCUAUUGAUUUCAAUUUUCCCUUUGGCGGUAGUCCUCAUGGUAGCAGCAACAGUGGGAUUGAUGCUCCGCCAGACAUUCGUUUGAGCCACAGCCAAGGCUUUCCCGGUCGAGGCUCCAUGGUGGGUUAUGUCUCUGGCAAAAUCCCUAGUCCCCAACAUCGCGCCUCCUUGGCCAGCAUCGAUUCGGCCUUUGAUCAUGAUCUUUUUGGAGCUGCCGCUUUAAGUCAGUGGGCUCCUGGUUCCGGCAAUCAGCCACCCAGUAAUGCGGACUCGUCACCUAGAAAAGCCCCGAGCACCAGUGAGCAGGAAAACAAAAAGGCACAAGGUGACGAGGAAAGACCGCCAGCAUGGAGCGAGCUCAAGACAAAAGCAGGCAAAGAGAGGAAACGCCUGCCUCUCGCCUGUAUUGCUUGUCGCCGAAAGAAGAUCCGCUGUUCCGGUGAGAAGCCAGCUUGCAAACAUUGUCUACGCGCUCGCAUACCCUGCGUCUACAAAGUGACGACCAGAAAAGCUGCUCCUCGGACCGAUUAUAUGGCCAUGUUGGACAAGCGCCUGAAAAGAAUGGAAGACCGAGUAAUCCGAGUCAUUCCCAAGGACGAACUUCCAGAUUUGAGCUCUACUGGCCGUGGUUCGGUUCGGCCGCCUCUCCCGGGACAGGCACUGAAAAAAGAGAAAGACCAACCCAAAAAACGCUCCGCCGACGAGGCUUUCACACAAGAGCUCAAUGAUUGGAGAAGUUCUCGAGAGAAAUCGACUUUGCUCGACCCCACGGCUGGUCUGCGUAAACAGCGCGAAGGCGAGAACAAGCUCUUUAUCGAAGGCUCCGAGUCUCUCCCACCGCAACACAUCCAAGAACAUCUCGCCGAGGUCUUUUUCGACUGCGUCUACGGCCAAUCCUACCUUCUUUUGCAUAAACCCAGCUUCAUGCGUAAACUAAAGGCUGGCACGAUUCCACCAGUCCUUAUCUUGGCUGUAUGUGCGAUAUCUGCACGUUUUUCGACACAUCCGCAAGUCAGCACCGAACCGGCGUUUCUCCGUGGGGAACAGUGGGCAACUCCCGCUAGACGGAUUGUAGAGAAGCGUCACUACGAGCCGAACAUCACUAUACUUACGGCAAUGCUCAUGUUGGGUCUACACUACUUUGGAACCUGUGAGGGCGGAUUGUCAUGGUCUUUCGGUGGUCAGGCCAUGCGAAUGGGCUAUGCUUUACAACUGCACCGCGAACUUGACCACGAUCCUUUGGGUCGAAACCAAAUCGCCAAUUCAAAUGAGAACAAGAAAGGCCCUAAACCCCCCGAACUCUCCUUUACAGAUCGAGAGAUUCGGCGUCGAACAAUGUGGGCCUGUUACCUGAUGGACACAUUCAACUCGUCCGGCACCGAACGCCCUUCUUUUCUCAACGAAGACUACUACCAAAUCCAGCUACCGAUCAAAGAAUCGCAUUUUCAAAUGGAGGUGCCUGGCCCCACGGAAGAUCUAUACGGCAACGUCCCCAUGUCCAACAGUAAAUCAUCGCUCGACAAUAAUGCAGUAGACGUCACUGCAGAGGCAAAAGCAAACAUGGGCGUUGCCGCGUACAUCGUUCGUGCCGUGGUCCUCUGGAAACGCAUCGUCAAGUAUCUUAAUCUAGGAGGCAAGGAAAAGGAUCCGCAUCCUAUCUGGGAUCCAUUAUCCCAAUUCGCAACCUUACAACGCCAAAUCUCCCAGUUGAAAUCCUCUCUUCCGGACGACAUAACCUACACACCAGAGAACUUCGCCACACACAUCUCCGAACGUCUCGCGAACCAAUAUCUCUUUCUCCAUAUCAUCUUGGCGCAAACUUCCCUCUUUUUGCACCGCUUUGCUAUCCCAACGCAACCCAGCCACAGACCCCAUCAUCAUUACUACACCCAACAGGGUAUGCCCAAAGCAUUUCUCACAUCAUCCGCCAAUAUCGUCCUUGAAUCCGCCUCGCUCAUCAGCAAACUCAUUGCCGACUCGACGGGUCACACCCUGACCGUUCCCUUCGCGGGGUAUUGUGCCUACGCUGCUGCAACAGUGCAUGUCUGGGGAAUAUUCUCCAAGAACUCCGCACUCGAGCAGCAGAGCAAGGAGAAUCUACGGCAUAACUAUAAAUACCUCACCAGGAUGAAGCGGUAUUGGGGCAUGUUUCAUUACAUGGCCGAGUCGGUGAAGGAUAUUUAUCGCGCUUUCGCCGACUCUACCCUUCGUCACGCCCAGGCUCGACCGGGAUCAAAUGGAAUAUCCGGCCCGGGAUUGGGCUUCUUGCGCAGACAUUCUUCUGCCACAGGAGGAAGCGGGACGCAGACGCCUAUGGAGUUGGACGCAACCGCAGCGCUAACGUCCAACACCAACCCGCCUUCCCGCUCUGAUACACCAGCAGACCCCAACAAACCGAAGUCCGAACAAGACAAAUCCAAGACGAUGUUUCAGUACGGUGACUGGUUCGACAAGUACCCUCACGGCGUCUCCGAAAGUGAAUGGGAGAAGUCCCAUCUGGAGUACCGCAGCGAACACGCCCAGGGUGGCGCAGAGGCAGUCAUGUCUCAGAGAAGUGACUUACAGUCGGUCGAAGAGUUUUUCGCGAGUCUGAGUCCGCCGUCUAAGGCCGAGGACGGUAGUAGUGGAUUGGCCGGGAGAGGCAAGAAGAUUCCGAGGAGAAGGGGGAAAAGUGUGGCGGAGAACAAGAAGGGAGAAAAAGAAGAGAAAGGAGAAAAAGGUAAAGGCAACAAUACGACGAGCUCUACUACGGUUGCCGGUGCUGAAGCUGGAGCUGGCUCGUCCGCUGCUGGGCAGGACUCGCAUAGACGACAGUCCAUGUCUCAACAACCGGCUGGACAACAUCUGCCAACCACAAGCGCCGAUCUUAACCUGAACCUCAAUCUUAAUCAGCCUUUUGAUCUUUCGAGCUUCGACAUAACAUCUCCGUCACUAUACCAAAACGCCCAAUUCCCGGACCCUUACACCUAUGGUGGUUCACCAACAUCGCCACACUAUAACAACCUUCAUUUCAUAUCCACCCUGCCGGCCAUCGAUAGACAAAUGGUCUUUGGCGCCGCAUACGCCGGCAUGGACCCUACCGGCACCGGCAACAACAGCGGCAACCAAAACACUUCCUCAGGACUGAACAAUCUCAACUCCCCCUCGGUGGGAAACUAUGCGAGCACAAAUCCUUGGGAUCAACUCGAUCUGACGACGUACGGAUUCAACGAUCCAUUUGCGGGAGGAGGAACCAGCGGGAUGGACACAAGUUCAUCGGCGUGGUUGUUACCAUUUAAUAUUGAACCACCGAACUUCGGAGGCAGUGGAAUGGAGGAGUUCGGUAACACCGCGUUGGACGGGAUGGAUUUGAGUGAUCUUGGUCAAGGAGGAGAUGACGUUGGUGGACAGUUUGGUGGAGAGCAGAAUUCGGGCAACACGUGAAAAGAACAGUCUCGAGGGCGAGAUUGAUCUCAUAGUGAUGACAUGCAGUGACUGGACCGAGCUGUAGCGUGGUUGCUGUGCGAAAUAUUCGAUUUUCUUGAUGUCAGACACAUCUCCGCGCCGCCAGGAGCGUCGGCAGUGUGUGUUCGCCGGAAGUCUCACAAGUUUUGAAGCACGACGAGUUUG